UCCCGCCUUUUUUCGUUUCUCGCAGCUUGGGUUAGGCGGCAUCGCUGCAGCCAUGGAAAAAGCUAGUGCAGAAUUUGAAGGAGGUGCCAGCCUGGAGGCCGAACUCUCAUGUUCCAUCUGCCUGUGCCUGUACAAGGACCCAGUGUCGCUGAGCUGCAGUCACACCUUCUGCCAGCAGUGCAUCAAGAAAACGUUCGCAGCCCAGCUACAAUCCCAGGCUCCUUUAAGCUGCCCCAUGUGCAGGCUCCACCUCGGGCCCAACCUGGAGCUGCAGAAGAAUUUCCACCUGUGCAACAUCGUGAAGGCAUUUCAGGCCAAGACUUCUGAAGAAAAACAGGGCAAGGGCUCUGAAGAGGGGGAGACAGAGGUGUUCCCCUGUGAGUACUGCCUGGAUAAGACCCAGCCAGCGUUGAAAACCUGCCUGGUCUGCGAUGCAUCCUUGUGCCAGGCCCAUCUGAACAAACACAACUCCAAGGCUUCCUACCAGGACCACAUCGUGGUGGAGGUGGGAGCAGGCGGUGUGGCGGAGGAGAGGAGGUGCCCGGAGCACGGCAGGAUGCUGGAAUGCUACUGCAGCCGCGAGGAGCAGUACAUCUGCAUGCUCUGCGCCAUCAGGGGGGCCCACGUGAACCACGAGGUCCUCACCCUGAAGGAGGGACAUGACAAGCAGCUGACUAAACUCCUGAACAAGAUGACAUGUCUGCAGCUAUAUGAAAGGGCCAUAGUUACUGCCCUAGAAGAUCUUCAGAAAAGUGAGAAUCAGAUCAAGACCAAUACAAAGACAGUGACUUCUCAGAUACAAAAGCUGUUUGAUGAGAUAAAGACAGAGUUGAUUAAGAAAGAGAAGAUGAUCCUGAGUGACAUUCAAUCGAAUGAGAAAAAACAACUGGCAUACAUUGACUACUUGAAGAAGAAUAUGGAACAUAGGAGAGAGGAGGUUGAGCGGAAUCUUCAGCUUUUGCAGAAGCUGAGAGAGCAACAAGAUAUUUUCCUCUUCUUCAAGGAAUUUCAUGUAGCAAUACUGGCCACAGACAGGAUUGCGCGCCAGAAUUCGAACAUUUACAGGGCAGAUGUGGUGGUGGUGGAGGAGACGGAUGGCGUCGGGAUUCGCCGCUACCAAGACAAGAUACGGGACUCCAUGAAGGGACUGGACUGUAUCUUCCGGGAACUGCAAGAUAAACUCACCAAACAAAUGAAGUGUAACAGUGGGGCUUUGGUACCUCUUCAGACUCCUAAGUGUUAGAAAAUACUGUUUAUUCCUCAAGACUCUGGCUUGGCGCUGUGAGCCUUACAGAGAAAAUCUCUCACCUAAAAAUGUGAACAGCAUUUUGUUGCAUGCAUCUCCUCUCCCUGCCAGAGGUGAACCAGCAGAUGUGCAGCCUCAGGGCACAGCUCUCAAAAUCUGCACUGGACAGAAAUCUCUGGGAACUCACCAGAGAAAUCAUUUACCUUCAGCCUGAGGGAGACACUGGGUUUGCUUCAGCACUCAGUAAAAGUCUGAGCCUGUUCCAAGGAAAGACCACAGAGGGGUUCCCACCAACUGAGCAGAAGCUGGAGCAAACCCAAUGCCUGAAAGGAUUCCCAGACAAAUCCAAAUGCUGCAGGAGAUAUGAAAUGUGUGAACAGUAUUUCUCUUAAGACAGCACUAGUCCAAUGCUCAAAUAUAUUUCUGCUGGGCACAGUGGUGCAUCUUUUCUCCUAGCUUUUUUGCAUAAAUGUUAUUUAGAAGUUAUAUAAAAGAUUUUUUUAAUUUUUUUGUUGUUGUUGCUGAAACUGCAGUUUGCAAACAAGUUUUUCUUAAGCCAUAAAUUUUAAAGAAAAUCCUACUUUCUUCACCACUGUGGCAGUUUGAGCCAUUUGGCAGUUUUUAAUUUUUGGAGCAAAUCUAGAGGUAUAUUUUUUAAUCAGUGUACAUGUCCAUUCAUUUGUUUUGUGAGCUCAGUCUUCUACAGACAUACCAAUGGCUGUGCUCUAUAUGGAAUGAGACAGCUACUCAAAAUGGGAGAGAAAAGAAAUAUAGUUUUCUGAGGCAAUGCAAAGCUCUACUUGGCAGCAACUUGUCAAGUAUGUUAUUAACACAGCAAUAAAAUAUGCCUAUUAUUACAGUAAGUGAAGCUUUUCUGUCUUGUGUAUUCCUACAGCACAAACCAAAGGAUCGGCGUGUGACAGAUAUAAACAAAAUUUUUGAUUCACAUACGGCCAGAAGAAAAAGAGAGGCAAAAAACAAGAUGGAAAGGAAAAGUUUAAUAUUGUUAAAAAUUACCUUUAAUAAUGAGAAUCUGCCAAAUGUCUUGACCUCCCCUAUAUCCCUUGCAUUCAAAUCAAUUCUGUAGCAUACGCAAAUUUAAAAAAGAAGUGCUAAGAAUUAACAUGAACGUAAGAAAAUCUCU